AUGCCCAGACCCGGGCCGCGCCGCCGCCGGCCGCCGGCUCCCUCCGGCUCGCGGGUCCAGCCGCCGCGCUCAUGUCGCUCUCCCGCGCUCCAGCACAGCCCGGUGGCCUCAGGCUCGCCCCUGCGUGCAGAUACCCGGCCCGCCCGAGGCGUCUCGGGUCGCCUCGAGUCCUCCUUCUCCGUCGAGGCCAUCCUGGCGAGGCCCGACCCGUGCGCGCCGGCCGCCUCCCCGCUGUCGGUCGCCGCCUGCACCGCCCGGGGCCUCUGGACCGCUCCCUCCCCGUCCCCGGUUCUGCCCUGGGUGUGCUCGGCAGCCUGGCUGCCCGCCUACCUGGGCGUGGGUCUUCAUCCGUGGUGCCCCCAGUCCCCUGUACUGGGGCUGCGCGUGGCCCACUUCUGUGGCCUCCCGGGCCUCGACGUCACAGGCGUGGAGCUGGCCCACCACCCAGGCCUGUGGAGUCUCCCAGACCGGGCCCCAGCCAAGGACCUUCCUGACACCAAGAGAUGCCGCAAGAGGAUUCGAACUGUGUUUAGCUUGGAGCAGCUGGAAGAGUUGGAGAAAGAGUUUGCAAAGCAGCACAAUCUGGUGGGGAAGAAGAGGGCCCAACUGGCAGCCCGGCUCAACCUUACAGAGAACCAGGUGAGGGUCUGGUUCCAAAACCGCAGGGUCAAGUAUCAGAAACAGCAAAAACUGAAACCGCUGGCCCCACCUGCCACGCAUGCCUUUCCGACUGAACCCUACAGCAGGUCCAGCGCCAGCAUCCAGAAUGAAGACGUCAAGUCAGGAGCGGACAGCUGA